AUGGAGCACGAAGCUGGACAAGCCGUCGGACAGCCUGCAGUUUAUUUGAGUCACAAUAUUUCUCCUCCACAACCUUUAGACUUAAGAAAUAGCGGCGAAGCGGCCGAGAAUUUUAAGUUAUGGAAAGAAAAAUACAACAAUUACUUCAUUAUCUCGCGUCUAGAGAAUGAGAGUUCUGCGUUUCAGUUGGCAAUGUUCAAGCACUCAGUUGGAGAUGAAGGCCUAAAAGUUAUCAAAACAUUUGGAUACAACGAACACGUAAAUUCAAGCAACUGGAAAGUGGUAAUGGCAAAACUUGAAGCCCAUUGUAUUGGAGAAGUUAACGAGACAUUCGAGCGAUAUGUGUUUAACAAGCGAGAUAAACUACAGGGCGAAUCAAUCCAUAGCUAUGUUGCUGAGCUGAAGACAUUGGCGAAGACAUGCAACUUUUGCGACUGUUUACGAGAUAGCCUCAUACGGGAUCGUAUAGUUCUCGGGAUAAAAAAAUGAACAAACAAUGAAAAAGCUGCUUAGAAUGGAGAUUUGACUCUGAGUAAAUGCAUUGAUACGUGUCGAAGUGAAGAGAUUACUGAAAUGCAAAUGAAGUCAAUGAGUGAAACAUCUAAUGACUAUGCUAAUAAGAUCAAGACACAAAAAAUCGGCAGUACAAAGAAUCAGAAUCGGACGGUUCAGAGGACGAUGAAAGGAAAACGAAAUCGGUCGAGAAAAAAAUAUCGUGUAAAUUUUGCGGCUUUGAGCACUGGCCAGAUAAGCGAAAGUGUCCAGCCUGGGGAAAAACCUGCAACAAGUGCAAAAGAAAGAAUCAUUUUGCCAAGAGAUGUCGAAAGUCCGCCAUAUACUGCAUAGAAAGCGAGGAGGAAGAAAUUAGCGUCGUGAGAAUUCAAGCUAUGAAAGAGAAAGCGGUAUUUGCGAAGAUGUUCAGUCAACGACGUUCAUGUACAUUUCCAAGUCGACUGUGGCGCCAGCGCAAACAUACUUCCAUACAAGUAUGUAGAAAAGGAAAAGAUUUCUCCAUGUGAUAGAACACUAGUCAUGUGGAACGGUAUUAAAGUGAAACCUUUGGGAACGUGCGUCGUUCGAGUGGUUAAUUUAAGAAAUCAGAAGAAGUAUGACGUGAAGUUCUUGAUCGUCAAGGAUGACCUGACUCCGUUGUUAGGUUUGAAGACCACAGAGGAGAUGAGGCUGUUGACGAUUCACAAAGAGAACUUCAUUAGCACUGUGUUUUGUAAGAAAACGGAAGUGGUAGACAAGCAUGCUGAAGUUUUCAACGACGAUUCGGGAAGAUUGCCAGGAAUAGUCCAUCUAGAAGUAGACCCAAAUCAUAAACCAGUCGUACUACCGGCACGGAAAAUCCCCGUGUCAGUGAGAGACCAAUUCAAAGUCGAGUUACAACGAUUAGAGAGACUGGGAGUCAUCACACCUGUCGAAGAACCGACCGUGUGGGUGAGUCAAAUUGUCGUGGCAAUGAAGAAAUCUGGUGCAUUGCCCGUAUGCAUAGAUCCAAAGCCACUGAACGAAGCCCUGAAGAGAGAGCGAUAUCAAAUUCCUGUCAUAGAUGAUUUACUACCUGAUUUGUCAGAGGCUCGUGUAUUUUCUAAGGUUGACCUGGCAUCCGCAUUUUGGCAUCUAGAAUUGGACGAAGAGUCAAGCAAGCUGACAACGUUUUCUACCCCCUACGGAAGAUUGCGGUGGUUGCGCCUGCCCUUUGGUUUAAAUGUGUCCAGCGAGAUUUUCUAG